AUGUCAGAGAAAUCGAGUAUAUCAUUGCGGUCUGUUAGUUCGAAGCCUUUUCGAGUUUCGCCAACUACCACGGAAGAUGAAGAGCGCGAUAUGUGGGAUUUUUUGUUACAAAAAAUUCGAAGUGUAGACGAUGGAACGAUCAGAAAACUUGAUAUGACAUCGCAACACGAAAUUUGGGAGGAGUUCAGACUGACUAACAACGGGAUGCGAAGUCACCAAGAAUAUGAGUACAGAUUCCGAACCAAAAUGGCAAAUUCUCUUUGUGCAACUUCAUAUGGGACCAAGACUAAGACCGAGUUGUACUAUGGCUUGAGCAUUCCUGUCGAACAAAAAUUCCUAGAAUAUUUGAGAGAUUUUGGAAGAGUUACGUUAGAUGAUGCGGGUUGUAUUUUGACAUUCCAAGAUAACAAUACAAGUGGAUUCCGACUUGGAGAUCUGUCCUCACAAGAUGACGGCGAAACGAAUUUUCAAGAAGAACUUAAGAUGGGUUCUAAUGUAACAUCCGAUGAUCAAAGUGUUCAAAAACAGGAAGAAACCAACGACUUCAGAGGUCCUUCUAAAAAAAGAAGAAAACGAGAAACAUCGCAAAGUUCUUCCGAACAACCACUUAGCAAUUUUAAAGAAGAGGACAUCAUGCAGUUUUGGAUUUUCCUUUAUCAAAAAAUUCACACUCCGGAAACUGAAAUUGUCAAAAAAGUAAAACCUUCAUCGAUGAAAAACUUAUGUCACGACUUCACAGUAGAAAGGAAUAGAAAAAUUGAUUCCGUUCAUUAUGAAAGACUUUUCUAUCACGAGAUGGCGCCUUUUCUUCACCGCACUAAACUGGACACCAACAUCAAAAUAAAGCUGUAUUACGGAUUGAAUAUUAUAGUCGAAAAGGAGUUUUUGGAGGUGUUGCAUCAAAAAGCCGUUGUUGAAACUGAUGAAUCCGGUCGUAUCCAGUAUUAUAAAGAAAAAUGCCCAGACGGAUUGUAUUUAUUCGAAGAUCGAGUAGUCGAGAAACAAGAAAAAAUAGAAACCUCCAGUAAGACGAAAACAAAGUCAAGUGUUUUCUCAAUCAACGAGGAAACUGAUAUGUUCAUGUUCCUACUUCACAAUGUUCGGAAUCCAAUGACAGGAAAAUCAGAAAGAUUCAGAAUCUCAUCGAAUUUAGAUCUUUGGACCAAAUUCAAAAGAUAUUCAGAUGGGGAAAGAAGUCCCAGCGAAUACAUGACGAGAUUUGACCUUAAACUGGCUUAUUCUCUUCAUCUCACUCAGUUUACAAGACAAAUGAAGCUCGAAAUAUAUUAUGGGAUGAACCUCCACGUCGAUGAGAAAUUCCUGAAAGAGCUGAAAGCAACUGCUUAUGUUGAAGUUGAUAGCAAUGGAUGUAUCGUGAAAUACAGAGAUAAGCAUGAAAGAGGGUUCUCACUUGGCUACGAUGAAAUCCAAGAGGUCGAAAACGCGUCAAUAGCAAAGCCAAAUGAAGCUGCCAAAAAAAUCAAAGUGACCGUUCCAGAAGAAUCCAAGAAGAGUGAAGUUCCUCUUAAGAUUAAUUCCGAAACACAGGUUCUCGCAGCGUUAACUGCUCGUGAAGAAUUUGGCUUUGAUUUUCAACAGGAAUCGUUUUCGAAUGUAGCCUCAGAAUAUGAUGAAAAUGAAGAUUCUACACGUUACGAUACUUCGGAGGACGAUUUUUCAGACGAAUAUCACCCUCAUAUGUAUAAUAAAAAAAAGAAAACUGAAAACAUGCGUUUGAAGAAAAAACAUAAAACAAGUAUCAAGCGAAAGAUAAUCAUAGAAAGAGAUGAGGAAGAGAGUAAUGUUACCACAGAGAGCGAUGAGGAGCAAAAGAAACUUUCCACAGGAAGUGAUGAGGAGCUAGAACCAACUUGUGUAGAAAACGAUGAGAAAGCUGAUGAAGAAACUUUGGAGAAUGAGAAGAAUUUAGAAAACUCCGAAAACGAUACACCACGUGUUGUAGUGAGAGCAAACCCAGUUCGAAUGCCUCGACGUGCGAGAAAGAAAAACAGUGGAAAAGUGGAGGUUGAGGACAAGGGUUCCUUUUUCGAGACGAACGUUUAUUUGGAAAAUUUGAAAAACGCGUUGACAAUCAUGGACUCACCGGAUCUUGACUCAUUCCACACAGUCAUUGAUGAGCACCUCAAUUCGAACGAAGAAAAUAAGAAAGAAAUCUCAUUCAGCAUUGCCUUCCGUCUAAUCGAGUCUGCUGUUUCCAUUGCCAUGGUGUAA